UCGCAUUGCUGCAACUGCUCUAAUCUCUGGAUGGUUUCACAUGGGCAUCAAAUACCACAAAUGAGUGAAUUGUUCGACCUUUUUCUCUUUAGGAAUGAUAAUUAGAGUGAUUUGGUGUCUCUGCUCAGUUGCCUUGUUCCCUGUAGAGGCCGUUCACAUGACCGAGACGCAGCAUCGCACAAAAGCGGCCAGCGAGAAACAGCACGACCUCUGGUGCCACAAAUGUGACUCUAUGGUGGAUGGGGACAAAUGUCUCGAUCUGUCUGGAAACUACAGCCAUCUGCAUCAGAAAUGUGCCAAAGAACAGAAAAAAUGUCAGGUGCGCAGAAUAUCCAUGUCGACCAGCACUGAGGAGGUAACCGGAAAACCGAAACUGUGGCUGUUGCAAAGAAACUGCUUGGAAACGUGCGAUUCCGGCUGCAUAGUGAUUGGGGAAAGAACCAAACUGCAUUCUUGCAUUACGUGUUGUGACGAGCACAACUUCUGCAACUCGGGAAGUGGGGCUGAACAAGCCCGUUUUGUUCUUGAGGAUUUACUGAUUGCUGUUUUCAACAUGUUUAGGAUAAUUCCAUAAGAAGAUUUGUUAAUAAAUAGGUUUUUUUUCAGAA